UUUGAAGUACUGUGGGAGAAGUUGUGUAACAAAUACAGUAUAUUGUUUCAGUAGGAAGAAAAUCUUGCUAUGGCACCAUCAGGAAGAAAGCAUCAAGGAAAAGCUGGUAAAGCAGCACAGGAAGAUCAAGCCAUACCUGCCUAUGACUUUCAAGACGAAAGAAAAGAUCUGAGUGGAUCUGAGGAAGAUAUUAGAGAAGGUGAAACACCAGUGGUGGACAAACAUGGGAAGAAAAGACCUUUGGUGACUCCUCAUGUGGUUUCAGAUGAUGUGGGGGGUGAAGUACAGAAUAUGUUGGAACGAUUUGGAGCUGACAUUAACAAGGCUCUCCUAGCUAAAAGGAAAAGAUUAGAAAUGUAUACUAAAGCCUCACUCAAAACCAGUAACCAGAAAAUUGAACAUGUUUGGAAAACACAGCAAGAGCAAAGGCAGAAGCUCAAUCAUGAGUAUUCCCAGCAGUUCUUGACUUUAUUUCAGCAAUGGGAUAUAGAUGUGCAGAAAGCAGAAGAACAGGAAGAAAAGCUAGCAAAUAUGUUUCGUCAGCAGCAGAAACUUUUUCAACAGGCAAGAGUAGUGCAAAGUCAGAGACUGAAGACAAUUAAGCAACUCUAUGAGCAGUUCAUAAAGAGCAUGGAAGAGCUGGAAAAGAGCAACGAAAAUCUUCUGGCUGGUGCACAAAGUGAGCUUCGCAAAGAAAUGGCUAUGUUGCAGAAGAAGAUUAUGAUGGACACUCAACAGCAGGAGAUGGCAACUGUUCGCAAGUCUCUUCAGUCCAUGUUAUUCUGAUGGCUCAAUGGAGAAACCACUUUUACCUAAGUAACAUGAUACAAGUAUAGGCAUUAGCCAUAGAGAAGUAUGUUACGAUGUCAACGUUGUAAAGUUCCUAUUAAAUGGUUUCAUGGAUUGUUCUAAGCUCAUGUUUCAUAAUGCUGUAAGAUAGAGUAGUGG